AUGCCUCUCGUCGCCAGCACCCGCCCCACGCCGCGCGUGAUCCUAGGGCUGAUGACCUUUGGGCCUGAUGAAUCCUCAGGUGCCCGCAUCACCUCGCUGGACGAGUACACCAAGGUCCUUGAUUAUUUCCAGUCACAGGGCUACAAUGAAGUCGACACCGCACGCUCUUACGUUGGUGGCAAGCAAGAAGGCUUCACCGCUUCGGCCAACUGGAAAGAUCGCGGCCUGACGCUGGCCACCAAAUGCUACCCGCACGAGGCUGGUAUUCACCAGGCCGCACGCAUCACCGAGAGCGUGGAGAAGAGUCUGGCCGAGCUGCAGGCUGACUGCGUCGACAUCUUCUACCUGCACGCAGCUGACAGGAGCGUGCCAUUCGCCGAGACGCUCGAGGCUGUCGACAAGCUGCACAAGCAGGGCAAGUUUGUCCAGCUGGGCUUGAGUAACUUCACGGCCUUUGAGGUCGCCGAGGUCGUCAUGACCUGCAAGUACAACGGGUGGGUGCGCCCGACCAUAUACCAGGCCAUGUACAAUGCCAUCACACGCUCCAUUGAAGCGGAGCUCAUCCCUGCCUGUCGUAGAUAUGGUCUGGAUAUCGUUAUUUAUAAUCCCCUCGCCGGCGGUCUUUUCUCGGGCAAGUACAAGUCGUCGGACGUGCCCACGACUGGUCGCUUCUCCGACUCUGUUGGUCGCAUGGGUAAUAUGUACCGUGCCCGGUAUUUCAAGGACGCGACCUGGGAAGCUUUGCGUAUCAUCGAGCCUGUGGUCAAGAAACACAACUUGACCAUGCUUGAAACAGCUUUCCGCUGGCUGACCCAUCACUCAGCUCUGAACAUCAAAGACGGUGGUAACGAUGGUGUCAUCAUUGGUGUGAGUAGCUUUGAACAGCUGCAGGGAAAUCUCAAAGAGUUUGGGAAGGGCCCUUUGCCGGACGAAGUGUUGAAGGCGCUCGAUGAGGCGUGGCUUGCUGCCAAACCGACUACGCCCAAUUACUGGCACCUGGACCUCGUCUAUACCUAUGACACGAGGAAGGCACUUUUUGGCUGA